AUGAACUUGAUAGCGAUGAACGACAAGGAUGAGAUCUAUGAGGAUCCUGAGUCUACUGAGGUUGAUGAGAGCGAGGACACGGAUGAUACGGGAGCGAGUGUGGAGGCAGCAGUGAAGCAGGAAGAAGAGAUAGUCACCAUGGAGGCAGCAGCGGUGAAUGAUGGAGAUGGAGAUGGUGUCAACACUUUUGCAGCAGCGGUCGUGGUUAAAGAUGAAGCAGUAAAUGCGAAGUGUGGGCGAGUGCUUAUGAAAGAGGAACACGUUGAGGGGUACAAGACCCGAGAGGUGUUGGGUGCUAAGAUUCCGAGGAGAAGCGAGAGGCUUAAGAAGAUGCCUCAUGGUUUGGAUAUCAAGGCGCUCAACUUCAAGACACGUAAGCAGAUGUUCAAGGUGCAGGAGCUGCAGGGGAGCGUGAAGCCGACUUAG